CAGCUGCCAAUAUUUAUUUAUGUUUCAGAAGUAAUGUACAAUUAAUCUAUAAAAUUUAAAGUGUUCAAAAUUUAAAGUGCCAUUGUCCCCUCGCCCUUACGGCGAGACUUCAGACUACGAUGGACAUACCUCAGCUUUCUACAUGUUUUUGCGGCCGUCCGCUCAAAACCGGAGCGAAAUUUAUCGGAUGGCUCUGUUUCAUCCUUUCCUUCACCGGUAUCUUUGUAUUCUACUUAAGUAUGACGCUGUUAGAUUACAUUGAGAAGCACCCCACUCCACAGAAUAUGGAACUCAUCGAAGACUUACCGACGUACACGAUGGCCUGCAUGAUUCUCAUCGGGUUUCACGCGUUGGACAUGAUCUUCUCGGCCCUCCUGCUGCUGGGCGUGUACAAGGAGAAGUCCGAGCUGCUGUUGUGCUGGCUGAUCUACGGCAUAAUCGAUCUCGCUGUGGCCAUAAACGUUGGCUAUCUCAGAAGCUUCAUAUUUUUCGUCAUUGACCUGUAUUUCUUGCUAGUGGUAUAUAGCUAUUACAAAGAGAUGACUUGUGCAGAGGAAUCAUAGCGAGUUCAUAUAUAAUUUUAUUUUUCACUAUUAAAGUAUACAAGCCAAUACCUCU